AUGCUGCCUCUCGGCCUCCUGCUGCUCCUCGCCUGCUUCAGCGCCGCCCGGGGAAACCUCUCCCGCGACGAGAGCCAGCCCACGACAUCGGAUGAGACUGUGGUGGCCGGUGGUACCGUGGUGCUCAAGUGCCAGGUGGAGGAUCCCGAUGACUCCUCGCUGCAGUGGUCGAACCCUGCCCAGCAGACCCUCUACUUCGGGGAGAAACGAGCCCUACGAGAUAACAGGAUCCAGCUGGAGAGGUCCACACCCAACGAGCUGACCAUCAGCAUCAGUGAUGUAGUGCUGUCGGAUGAGGGGGAAUACACCUGCUCCAUCUUCACCAUGCCUGUGCGGACUGCAAAGGCCCUGGUCACUGUGCUGGGAAUCCCCCAGAAACCCCAAAUCUUCGGCCAUGAGCAGCCCAUUGAUGAGGAGAAGAUAGCCCGACUGACCUGCCGGUCCUCUGGCAGCAAGCCCGCAGCCCAGCUCCGGUGGAGGAAGGGCAACAAGGAGCUAAAGGAUGAGGGCACCGAGGUGGUGGAGGACCCCAACGGAAAGACCUUCACUGUGAGCAGUCGGGUGGAGUUCCGCGUCACCAAGGAAGACAACGAAGCUGAGGUGACCUGUACUGUGGACCAUGAGUCACUGCAGAACUCUGAGAGGUCGACCACACAGAAGCUGCAGGUCCACUACAAGCCGACAGCAAAGAUCGAGCCACAUCCCCAGUACCCGCGGGAAGGCGAGAAGCUCCAGCUGCAGUGUGAUGGGCAAGGCAACCCCAUCCCCCAGGAGUUCCUGUGGGAGAAGGAGGGCAGCGAUGCACCCCUGCAGCUGAGCUCUGACAGCGUCCUCAUCUUCCCCUUCCUCAACAAGAGCGACAGCGGCACCUACGUCUGCACGGCCACCAGCUCCAUGGGCAGCGUCGUGGCCAAAUACAACCUCGAUGUCAGCGAUCUUUCCCAGCUCCCCACCCCACACGUUCACUCCACUCCAGCCCCUCCGCCGGGCCCUUCCCAGCCCAUCUCUCAUGCUUCCAUGGCCACCGCUUCAUCCUUCACUCCAGCUCCCAUCCAAGAUGCCAGCCCGGUGCCCUCGACCUCCAGCACGUACCAUGCAGUGAUCGGCGGGGUGGUUGCUGUCAUUGUCUUCCUCCUGCUCAGUCUUCUCAUCGUGUUGGGACACUACCUGAUCAGACACAAAGGUAUGUGCAUAAGACAUGGGGAGACGGUCACAUCCAGACAUCGGCAAAACCCAGCAGAGGUGAUGUGUACCUACCUGACCCAUGAGGCCAAGGGGUCGGACGAUGCCCCAGAUGCCGACACGGCCAUCAUCAAUGCAGAGGGCGGCCAAGCCGGCAGUGAUGACAAGAAGGAGUAUUUCAUCUAGAGGUGUCAGACAGAGUGAGAAAUGGAGCCAACAGACCCCGAUGGAAACGGAAACCAGACCACAAACCCACUC